CGAAGAAGUCACUUCUAGAAGAUCUGUUUAAAUAGCUUUUCUAAAACUAAUUUUAUUUUGCUGUUUAUGUUGAUAUUUUUCGUCAAUGGCUUCCGUAAGACAAUUGAUAAUAAAGUAGUAAAACAUGCAAAUAUUGUGUAUUUCAAGAUUAUCUGUGAGAUUCUUACUUGCUUGCAUGAAUGUGAGAGGCUGUCCUGAUUUCCAGGGUGUUGGGUGGUAGACGUAUGUGUUUCAAUAGUAGAUCCAAGAGAUGCUAAAAGGCAUUCCACCCUGACUCUUGGUAGCUAAAAAGAAGUUGCGUCAACUCGGCCCCAUAUCAACUCACCCCCGAGUUGACCUGCUUCCGCUAAGAAAUCUCUACCAAGUGUGAAGUAAGACAUAAAAUAGUUAAAACUACAGAGCCUCCAAAAAGCAUUCCUCUGGACUAUUACACUGGCAGAAGAUAAGAAAAAAUGUCAACCACAAGGUGUGACUACUUGAACCAUAGAUUACCAGUUAUGAUUCCUUGCAAUAACAAUCUAGAUCCACUGUUUUUUUUUAAUACUGCAGUGUCGGAUUUUAAUUUAAAAAAAUGUUAUACAUUAUAUAUUUUUGUACAUUAUACAUCAUAAAUUUAUCUAACAUCAAGUACUUUCUUUCUUGUUUUAGUUCACAAAAACCAUGGCAAAUGUUUCAGAAAGGAAUCAUGAAGGACAACAUGUAUUCUGCUGACGCCCCCUAUAUGCAAGAUUUACUGGAUUCCUUAUCUCAUAAUGAAAUUCAGAGGACGCAUAUGUUCAAAGGUGGAAGCCAAGUUAAACUCUUCUUUUGGUUUGCUAAUGGGAACACUGCUCUUGUUAAACCUAUGAGAAUGAAAAGAGAUGAUACUUAUCCAUAUUCAUCAAAACAUCCUUUUUGGCUUGAUCCAGAAAGACACAAUGCUGAGAUUGCUUCAUUCCAUCUUGAUAGAAUACUAAAUUUUCGUCGGGCUGUGCCUGUUGCUGGCCGUUUGAUAAACAUGACAAAGGAGAUUUUACAAAAAAGUAGUGAUAAAGAAUUGCUGGAUACAUUUUUCUGGAAAGAUGGUAACUUGUGUUUUAUUGGAGUGUGCGCGCCAUGGUUUUGCAAUGAUGAGCACCCAAUCUGUGGCAUCGGUGACAUGCUGGAAGUGUCCGUUGCUCAGUUCAUCCCGAAAAGUCCUAGCAGUAAAUACGCAGUGUUUGACAGGGCUUACCCUUGGAGCCAGGGAGUUAAAGAAUCAAAAGUGUGGAAGAAUACAAAUAUCUGUGAUCAAGUUUUAAUGGAUUUACAAAAUACAAAUGAUCGUACGUUCUUAGACCUCAUUGAUCUGGCAAUAUUUGACUUUCUGAUUGUAAACUAUGAUCGUCAUAGCUAUACAUUGUUAAGUCAGUUAAAAAAUGAAAGCUUUGUGACCAUACUGGAUAAUGGAAAAGGCUUUGGAAACCCUAAUAAUGAUGAUCUCACACUCUUAGCUCCAGUAUAUCAGUGUUGCAAAGUCCGGCGGUCAACAUAUUACAGGCUGAAGGAGCUUAAGAACAGCAAACUCAGCACAUCGAUGCGCUCGUCCAUGUCGCAUGAUGCAAUUUCGCCAAUUCUUAGUGAGGCAUUUCUUGCGGCACUUGAUCGGAGACUUAUGAAAGCAAUUGAAAUCAUACAAAAAUGUUUCUUGGAAAACGGUGAAGACCGUGUGCUUAUGGGCUACUAG